AGAGGAAGAUUCCUCGCGGUGACUGUUUUCCCAUUACGUAAUCACCCAAAUCCUGCAUAGAUAUUAAAUACGUAGAAAGAUGGGAGAGAGAGGACUGAGGAAGAAGCUUUCUGGCAAGUCUUGAAGGAUUGUAUACGUUGUGCUUUGCCUAUUUAUUGUUAAUUGUUAAGGUAUAGCAGUGUGAAAUAAAGAGAAGCUGAGAAACCAGAUAAGAUUAGAGGGUGGGUUGUGACUUGUACGUCAAGAGUUUGAGUCGCAAGAAUAACUUCGUCGUAUGCAGGGCAAGACUGAUCCUCCCCAAACCCUGUAGUUGUGAAAGCUUUGUGCACCAAACCACCCUUUUUUGGUGAAAUCAGAGGAAGAUCAAGGUGUUCAGUUACAAGGAUGGCAGAGAGCAUAGCUGAGAAUAAUAGGAAAGAUGGGUUGGUGUUCUUUGGGAAGGGUGAAAGAGUGUAUGGUUUGGAUAAGCUCUUGACUUCCAAGAUUGAAUUUCUGGGAAAGGGGACCUUUGGAUCCACUUAUAAGUCAUUCCUGGAUGAUGGGGUGGUUGUUGCUGUCAAAAUCUUGAAAUUUGAUUAUGUUUUAGGGGUUGAGAGAGAGAAGAUUGAAAAAUUGGGAGAGAGAGUUCAUGAAAAUUUGCUUCCCCUUAGAGCAUACCAUUGCACCAACCAUGGAACAGUUCUUAUAUAUGAUUACAUUCCCAUGGGAAGCUUGUCUGCUCUCUUACAUGGAAAUGGGGGUGCUUCUAAGACUCAACUUGGCUGGGAAGUAAGGUGCAGAAUCGCCUACGGAGUUGCCCAGGGCAUCGAAUACCUCCAUUCCAGAGGCCCUGAUGUUUGCCAUGGAAACAUAAGGUCAUCCAACAUCAUCCUCAACGACAAUUACGAUGCCCACCUGUCUGAUUUUGGGAUAGACCAACUCAUUUUACCCCACUCCAAAGCUAACCUCAUUGCUGGUUAUCAAGCACCGGAGCUGAAAAAUAGCAAAAAAAUUUCUCAGAAGUCCGAUAUCUACAGUUUUGGUGUCUUGCUUUUGGAACUGCUUACUGGUAAGGUCCCAAUUGAUGCCCUGUCCAAGAAUGAAGGGGUUGAUCUGCCUAAAUGUGUUCGGUUGAUGUUUCAAGAAAAGCCAGUGAUUGAUGUGUUUGAUAGUGAUCUGCUGAGGUACAAGAAUGUUGGGGAACAAAUGGUUCUCAUGUUACAACUUGCAAUUUGUUGUACAUUUGAGAACCCUAAUAAACGACCCUCUAUAGAUGCUGUGACCAAUAGAAUCAAGGAGAUUAAUAGCUUCACACGGAUAAUCCGAAAAUUAUAUUAUUAAUUGACACGAAUAAUAAAGCUAGUUUAAUACAAAGUCCAUGGAGUUUUAUUUAUUUUUUUUCCAUUUCUUGAUAUAUUGUUGUAUGAAUUCUUGUGAUAGUUUAAACGUUUUUUGAUU